UACAAAUUAAGUACACCUGUACAGACUGACUAACCAACUAAAAUAUACAAUUGAGUAAUAAACCUAAUAAGUUAGUAUAGUUUAUUAUUUAUUUAUUAUUUUCCGAAUGCUGUAGCGUUGAUUGUAAGGUAUUAAAAAUGAACCAGAGGAGAGAGGGGGUUUACCGGGUCGGGUUUCUGGAACAAACCCGAAUCUAAGCCCAAAGCACGUCGUCGUCUCGAAGCACUCGGAAGAAUCAAUGGGCGCCAAGAAUCGCAUCGCAAGCACCACGACCAAACCACACAACUCUUCUCCCGCUCCCGCGUACGCCUGAAAGAACAAUGUCCGGCUCGAUCAUGGCGGCAGAUCUACGCUCUUGGUCCCGCGCCAUUGUCAGAAUCUCCCCCUACACCUUCUCCGCCGUCGGCAUUGCCCUCGCCAUCGGCGUCUCCGUCCUCGGCGCCGCCUGGGGGAUCUACAUCACCGGAAGCAGUUUGAUCGGUGCUGCAAUUAAAGCUCCGCGUAUUACCUCCAAGAAUCUGAUUAGUGUAAUUUUCUGUGAAGCCGUGGCCAUAUAUGGCGUCAUUGUGGCCAUCAUCUUACAAACAAAACUGGAGAGCGUCUCAGCAUCUCAAAUCUAUGCUCCUGAGUCUCUAAGAGCAGGAUAUGCAAUUUUUUCCUCUGGAAGUAUUGUGGGCUUUGCCAACUUGGUUUGCGGGGUAUGUGUAGGGAUAAUUGGAAGCAGCUGUGCAUUGUCUGAUGCCCAGAACUCCUCCCUUUUUGUGAAGAUUCUCGUGAUCGAGAUUUUUGGUAGCGCACUCGGGUUAUUCGGUGUAAUUGUAGGCAUAAUUAUGUCUGCUCAAGCUACAUGGCCUGCAAAGGCAGUUUAAUUUGCUAACUGCGUAACCGAACUCAAUGAUUUGUGAUUCAAUCUGUGGAGAGUUAUUAACAUAUUUCGAUUCCCAAUCGACUGUAUAUGUAUAAGCUUUGGCUGUUAUAAACCAUGUAAGAACUCGUGAAGUGCUUGGUGUCAUUUUUGGUCUUUAGGUUGCCAUAUGAUAUGGCAUUGGCAUUCAUGUAUAUGUAAGGCAGGGGAAAUUUGAACUGCUGGAAUAAUGGAGCCCUAUGUCCUUCACAAA